UCGUUUCUUGUCCGGUGUUUUAAUCGAAUAUUGGAAUUGGUAUUUCAUUUUACAUCGAAAUGAAAUUAGACGUGAUAUGAAUUAGUUACAUAUCAACCUUUGUGGUUCAUUGAUUUUACAAAGAGUGAUUUAGUCGAUAAAGAGUUACGCUCGAGGUGGAAGUGUAUUAUCUAUGACCUAAAAUCUUUUGCAAGCGAAAAAUUCUGGAGGGUCAGUUUGCAUGCAUUUCGAAAUUGGAAUAAUGGGUUCGGCUCUCUAACUUUUUAUAAAUUUUAAACUCAUGACGUGCGUCUAAACCCUUGUAACACUUGACCAAAGGCUUCACAUUCUAUAGUUAAAGUUCUUUAUAUUCUUUAGCGUAACGCAUCUUGUAUCCUGUGAAUUAUAAUCAAAUUUUCUAGGAAGACACACUCCAAUUUCACGGGGUCCUAUUACCCCUUGAACUAAAUUUUAGCGUAUUUUGUCAUUCUUUUUAGCUGACGUGGCGUCUUUUGUCAACCUUUUUAGCUGACGUCGCACCUUUGACCUUUGACGUGGACCUCAUUUUAUGUAAUAAAGGUGUCACGUCAGCACAAAAGGGUGACAAAAAUAUGCUAAAAUUGAGUUGGAGUGUGUCGUAGCAACUUUGACCAUAGUUCGGGGGUACUGGAUGUUUAUCUGUAUUCUUUAUUCAGAUUCAUUUUGUUCCAAUAUUAAUCUUUUUUUGUUGAUUUGGUUCUAGGCUUGGUGGUAGUCAAGAGCAUUGUGUCUGUCGUAGUAUUGGCUUGAUAUUUGUUACUGCUCUUUUAUCUGAAUGUUAUGUACUGAUUUCCUUAGUAGUUGUUUUGUUUUCUUUAUUGUUGCGGCUCCUUUUCAUAACUACUUUUAUCUGCAUACACUUUGCCGUCCCCAGACCCCAUCCCCCAGGAUUACAUUGGAUAUGUUAUUGCUGUUGUCAUCGUCGUGGUCCAUUUGGUUCUGAUUGGAAAAUACAAAAAUUUUGUUGCAAGACCUGAUAAAAACUUGAAGAAUAUCUGGUGCAAUGGCUACUGAAGAGUUAUCUGAUGACAGUAAAGAAUGGCAUGUUGUAAAGAACUGGAGGAAUGCACAGAAAGAAAAAGAGAGAGAGCGUCGCAGAAUUCGCGAUAGAUUGAGAAGGCAAACAAUGAGCAAUGAGGAGAGGGAAAAACAUUUAGCUAGACGUAGACGAAACUAUCAACUGAGAAGACAAAAAGUGUUGAACAACUCUUCGUUUUCAACUUCGCAAAAUUAUGACAGUACUACUAGUGCAGGAUACUCUAACGAAGAAGAGAAUCAAGCAAUCGUCCCGGUUUCAGGACUUGAAGUUCAAUUAUCUGAUGCUACAUUAUCACAAGAAGAACCAGCUGAUACACCAAGUACAUUGCACCAAGGAGUUGAAGAAAGGAGGUGUAAAGUGCUAACAAGUACAAAUAUUCUACCAUUAUAUCAAAUAAGACAUCUUGCAAGAUUGUUGAAUUCUCUUUCAAGUGACAAUCAAGAAACUGCUAGGACCAAUUUGAUGUCCAGUGACAAUGUGAUUACAGAGAGUAGAUCGAGACGAGGCAUGAGGUUAACUGAAGUUAAGCGUCUGGCGCGAUCGCUUAAUGCAAAUUGAAGAUUGUAGCUGCAUUGUUGUUGUUGAUAUUUCAUUGAGUUCGGAUUCAGAAGGGCUAUUUUUCUACAAAAAAUUUCAAAGAGGGCACUUGAUUUGAAAAGAAAUCAAAGGGAACACAAUGCUGGUGGCUGAGCGAUUUACAAAUCGAUGGUGUCUGGCGAUCCGCAAGUCGCCUAGUGUCCGGCGAUCCGCAAGUCGCCUGGUGUCCGGCGAUCUGCAAUUCGCAUGGUGCCUAGCGAUUUGCAAGUCGCCUGGUGUCUAGAGAUUUGCAAGUCGCCUGGUGUCCAGAGAUCUGCAAAUCGCUUGGUGUCCAGCAAUCUGCAAGUCAUGUCCGGUGAUUUUUGCAAGUCGCCAGGUGUCCAGCGAUUUGCAAGUCGCCUGGUGUCCAGCGAUUUUCAAGUCGCAUGGUGUCCAGCAAUCUGCAAAUCGCCUGGUGUCCAGUUAUUUUUGCAAGUCGCCAGGUGUCCAGCGAUUUGCAAGUCGCCUGGUGUCCAGCGAUUUUCAAGUCGCAUGGUGUCCAACGAUUUGCAUAGUUUUGUUUCAUUAUUUCAAGUCGCAUGGUGUCCAGCGAUUUGCAUAGUUUUGUUUCAUUAUUUAAGCAGUUUCUCGUUGUGAGUUAUUCGUUUCAACUCCAAGCUCUAC